UUUCUUGAAAACGAUUAAACCGAAAUGACAACACAUUCGACUAGCUAAUGUUAGCCUAACUUGCUAACGACGUUACUGAAAAGCAUCUAACAUUCGCAGCAUUUUUUAAAGAUUCACGACUAACUACUGUAUCUGGAUGGUCUGACUGACACUUGAAACAUAUGUUUACCCGAUCCAUUGACCGCAGCGCUCAAUGCAUCACCGCAGAUUUCACGCUGUCAAACAACCUUUUUGUGUUGUUGCAACUGGCGCAAUAAUUAUACGACAUUAUGUAGACUACAGUUCCCAUGUUCCCCAGCCCGGCAAAACUACAAACAGCAACAUGGCAGGAAUUGGUGCCUUCCUGAAGAAUGCAUGGAAUAAGGAGCCAGUGGUAUUGGCCGCCUGUGCAAUUGGACUUCUCGCCGUUACUGUUCCAUUAGUGAGUCCCUUAACGAAGUACUCAGGUAUGAUGAAUGCAGCUGUGCCAUACAACUACCCAGUCCCUGUGCGAAACAAUGGCAAGAUGGACGAUGUCCCCAGCCACCCUUGUGACCCUAAAGGACCAAACCUGGACUGGAUUAAAAGCCUGUAACUGUCCACAUUCUCUUCCCUGUACAGACCACAGCCCGUUGUUCCUGUCUCUCUGUGUCUGCUUCUCAGUAGAUGGCCCUCAAUAAAGAGGAUCUAUUUAAUACCA